AUGGAUACGGCGGCGGAGAAGUCGGCGGACACCACAAACCCACUACAAACUACCACGUACCACGCCGGAAGGAUGGCAGACCCAGCCAAACAACGCCCCUCCCACGAUCAGGUGCUCUCGAUCCUGGACGACCUAGACUCCUUUGCGCCAGUGCCAGCCACCCCAGCAGGGCCCAACACUGCCUCCUCCACCCAGCCGAACACAACCAAAUACCUCAAGACCGCGAGCAACAGCAGCAAGCCAGCAUCAUCAUCUCCGACGACUCAUCCCAAAGGCGGCAAGCCCAGCAACAACCCGGCGAGCAACUCUGGCGACGCCCAAAGCGUCCUCGACUUCAUCGACGAGAUCACCCAACGAAGCUCGACGCCGACGGCCUCGAUCGCCACCAAAAAGCUGACCUCCAGCCGGCCGGUCUCGCGCAAGCCGUCCACCUCCUCCCUCGGCCCACGCUCCGCCGAUGGCCGUCUCGCCGAGCCCGAGCCAGCCCCGGCCACCACUCCUCUCACCUCGCCUACCGCCCCGCCCUCCUCUUCCUGGGGCUGGGGCUCCGUGCUCAAACAGGCCACCUCCUCCGUCCUGAGCCAGGCCAAGUCCGCCGCCGGCCAGGUCCAGUCCGUCGUCUCUGACCCCUCAAAGUCCUCGGAAAUCGUCAAGAGCUUCAACUCCAACUUCCAGAACCAGAUUAGUGGCCAGAGUGAAGCUGCCAAGAAAUGGAAGGAGGGCGUCAUGGGCUACGUCAAGGCCAGUGGGAUCGAUCAACUAGGGAAAGAUCUGCAGGCCACUGGAAUCAAGUCGCUGACGGAUAUCUUGAACAUGGUUGCACCACCGAUCUCCAAGCACGAGAUAAUUGAUGUCCAACUAUCCUACGACAUGGUCGGCUACGACGGCAUCGAGACCUUAGUCUAUCGCUCCCUCUCCAAGGUCAUGGAGCAAGUUGAUGGGGGGGAUUUGAUUCUCAAUAAGGGCGACGAGGAGCGGCCGAAGCCGUCGGAAUCUGGCGAACCUGAACGCGACCUGCAAGCAGUUGAGGGGAUGAUGGAAGGCUAUAAACUUGCAUUGGCGAAUCUCGAGCAGAUGAUCAAGCGGAUCGAAGCCCAGAAAGCCGAGCUUGGUUCCGCGAAGACGGAGGCAGGAGGAUCGGAGACGAAAGAGACGACGACGACGGAAGAGGGCGUGCUUCCGAUCACCCACUGUCCAGUAUACGUCCGCAUCCAGCCGAUCCUCUCCCGUCUGCCCGUCUUUGGCUCUUCGGCCGGGCCCCUCCCGUCGACGGCUUCGGGCGCGACGUCAGCCGAGCCUGCCAAGGGCGGGGUCACCGUCGACCAGGAGAACCAUCUCUUCUUCUUGAUCCUGCUCAGGGACGUCAAGAACUCCCUCGACCAUGCUACUAUCACCCAGUCUACGCCGGCGACUUGGCUCGAUAUCCCCUUCGAGGAAAACGAAUGGGUCGAGGACGUCUUGGUGGAUGUCAUCAGACGCGGGGUCGAAAUCAUUGGACAACAGUACGUCAAUGGUAGGAUUAGCGGUCGGUCGGUACGAAACACGACGAACGAAGACGAUCAACAGCAAACAGAAGAAUCCUCGUCAUCUUCAAAACCUGUUCCUUCUCCAUCUAAACCUGAAGACAGCGCAUCAAGCUGA